AUGCAUGCCUCUGUGUUUGACAGACGCGGUGCAUCUCUGAAGGGUGACGGGCAACAAGCUCUAAUAAUCGCGUAUCCAGACCAGAGGAAAGGGAGCAGGAAGGGGUCUUGUUGUAACACUUUGGGCUUUUGGACAAGUGCUGUGUAUUUCCAUGUGUCAGCACUGCUGUCACAGUUGACAUGGCUGCUUUCUUAUUUAGAUGCUGUCGAGGAGCCCGGGGAGGAAGAAGAAGCAAAACCAAAGCCAAAACCUUUCGUGCAAGCUUUGGUGCCUCCCAAAAUUCCUGAUGGAGAGAAAGUUGAUUUUGAUGAUAUUCAUCGCAAACGUAUGGAAAAGGACCUGACGGAGCUGCAGACGCUCAUUGAAGCACACUUCGAGAACAGAAAGAAAGAAGAAGAAGAACUAAUCAGCCUCACCCAACGAAUUGAGAACCGCAGGGCAGAACGAGCCGAGCAGCAGAGGAUUCGCACUGAGCGAGACAAAGAACGUCAAAACAAACUAGCAGAAGAAAAGGCACGAAAAGAGGAAGAGGAGGCAAAGAGGAAGGCUGAUGAUGAUGCGAAGAAGAAAAAAGUUCUUGCUAGCUUUCAGUAUAUGGGAUAUAUGCAGAGGACAGACAAAAGGGGUGGGCCAAAGAAGCAAACAGAGAGAGAGAAGAAAAGAGCGAUUCUUAGCGAACGCCGUAAGGAGCUAAACAUUGUAAACCUCAGUGAGGACAAGCUCAGAGAGGCCGCAAACGAACUCUGGAAGUGGAUCCGGCAACUAGAAGCAGAGAAAUUCGAACUGCAAUACAAAUAUGCAUGCCAGAAAUAUGAGAUUACUGUACUUAGAAAUCGAGUCACUGAUCACCAAAAGACUACCAAAGGCUCUAGGACUAAGAGGGGCCUGAGAAAAUAGAGCAUCUCCAGGAAGAUGAUGACAACAAGAACAACAACCUCCACCCUUAUUAAGAACAAAUGAAA